GGGGGUUUCCUUGCCCCGUCCCAGCUGCGCACAGAGCUGCUCCGGCAUUCCUGCACGCUGCCGCCCGGGGAGCGGCGGGGCCCGGGACCCGGCACCGCGGGCAGGGAGAGCAAAGUCUGAGCCCCUCUGAAGCAUCAUGUGGGGCAUCUGGGCCUCGGCCCUCUGUGUCGGCGGCCUCCUGGGAGCCUGCCGAGGCGGGAAGCUGCCUGCGUUCAGAGAAGGGGACCUGUGUCCGCACCUACAGCGAGAGGAGCUGAGGCUGGAGCAGAGCAGUGACAGCCAUGCUGACAUCACGGGGUUUAACCUCAUUAAAAGUUUUGCUCUCCUGAAGACCUCAUCCAUCAAGAAAAUCCGCAAUCCCAAAGGCCCCCUGAUCCUACGGCUGGGCAGCACUGCCCUGGUCCGGCCCACGGAGCAGGUGUUCCCCCUUGGCCUGCCUCAGGAAUUCACCCUCGUCUUCACUUUGCUCCUGAAGAAGAAGAGCAGCAAGGAAGACUGGUAUCUCUUCCAGAUCACCGACCGGCAGGGCUACCCCCAGCUCUCCCUGGCAGUCCACGGCAAAGAGAGGAGCCUGGAGUUCCAGGUCAAGGGCCAGGAGAAGGAGUUUGUGAGCACGGUCUUCACCGGGAAGGGGGUCACCUCCCUGUUUGACCAGAAGUGGCACAAGAUGGUGCUGAGCGUGCAGAGCCAGGGGGUCUCGGUCCACAUCGAUUGCAGCUACAUCUCCGCCAAGCCCCUGGAGCCCUGGCGGGCGGUGGCCGGCGAGGGCAACACCUUCAUCGGUCUGGAUGCCAUGCAGGGCACGCCGGUCCAGUUCGACAUCCAGCAGGCGCACAUCUACUGCAGCGCUGAGCUGGCCGUGCAGGAAGGCUGCUGCGAGAUCUCAGCCAGCGGGUGCCCUUCUGAAGCCCCCAAAACCCGGAGGCAAGCAGAGGCCUUGCAGAACAACAACCUGAUUGAGAUCAACCCCCAGUCGGAGGGGAAGGUGUAUACCCGCUGCUUCUGCCUGGAGGAGACCCUGGGGGGCCAGGAGGCGAAGGCGCCAGGGCAAGUCGGUGUGAAGGGUAACCAAGGAGAAAAGGGCUACCAAGGCUCCUCUGGCCAGCCAGGCAUGCCAGCGGGCGAGUGCCCGCCCUGCCUGCCGAGAGCCCAGCACACCAACGUCACGCUUGGUCCCCCCGGCCCCAAGGGUGGGAAAGGAGAACGAGGACUGCCUGGGACCUUCGGCUCAAAGGGGGAGAAAGGCGAGCGCGGCUCCGACUGUGUGCGGACCUCCCCCGACGGCCCCUUGCAGUGUGCCGAGGGGCCGAAAGGCGAGAAGGGGGAGCGUGGCGAUGUGGGCCUGACGGGUUCGAUGGGCGCUGAUGGGCAGAAGGGCCAGAAGGGCGAGAAAGGCGACGGAGGGCUCCACGGGAAGCCAGGGCGCCCAGGCCACGACGGCCGGCCUGGAGAGAUAUGUGUGGUGGGGCCCAAGGGCCAGAAGGGUGAUCCAGGGCUUGUAGGACCAGAGGGGCUCGCUGGAGAGCCAGGUCCACCUGGGGUGCCCGGGCCCUCAGGGAUCGGACUGCCAGGGAAGCCGGGGGACCCUGGGGGCCCACCGGGUCCUAAAGGAGAAAAGGGUAAUUCGGGAGCUCCUGGACCCGAAGGUUCAACUGGGAAACCCGGGAAGCCCGGGACCCCCGGCCUGAAAGGCAACAAGGGUGAUCCAUGCGAAGUGUGUCCCACCAUCCCCGAGGGGCUGGUCGACGCCAUCGGCCUCCCAGGAAAGCCAGGGCCCAAGGGUGAGCCCGGAGCACCGGGGAAGGCUGGGAUCGCGGACAAGCCGGGACCCCGUGGACACAAGGGCGACAGGGGAGACCCUGGCAUCAAUGGGAUCAAGGGUGAGAAGGGUGAGCCCUGCUUGCAGUGCGACCCCGUUGUCCUGGCUGCCAGGCUGCGGAGCCUGGAGGGAGCACCCACGGGGGAGCCGGGGGCCCCGGAGAUCGGCCUGCCUGGGUUGCCGGGGAAAAACGGUGCUCCUGGGCUGGCUGGAGCCAAGGGACAAAAGGGGGAUGCUGGCCAGGAGGGACCUGCUGGCAAGCCUGGCUCUGCUGGUGCCAGAGGGGACGUGGGGCCCGAGGGUCUCAAAGGAGCAAAGGGGGAGCCGUGUGAGCAGUGCCCUUCUGGCUCAGAGGCGCUGGAAGGCGGGAAGAUUGUGGUGACCGUGCCCGGCCCUGCAGGGGAGAGAGGCGAGCCUGGUCCACCCGGCGUGGGACUGCCUGGCAAGGCGGGCAAACCAGGGGAGCCUGGGCAAAAAGGACAGAAGGGAGAUGCUGGGAACACAGGCGACCCUGGCAUCCCGGGCACAGCGGGGUUGCCGGGGCUUUCGGGAGAGCCUGGCACCAAGGGUCUGAAGGGGCCUAAGGGUGAAAAGGGAGACGCCUGCGAUGCCUGCCCCAGUCUCCAGGGCGAGUUCUCGGAUGUGGUUGGGAUCCCAGGAAAGCCCGGACCCAAAGGGGACCAAGGGCCUCCAGGCAUCGGACAGCCAGGCAAAGCCGGAAAACCAGGACUCCCAGGGAUCCAAGGGCCCCCUGGGCUGAAGGGGCUGCAGGGUGAGCCUGGGCCCCCCGGGAUCGGGCAGCAGGGUCUGGAGGGGGAGCCUGGGAAGACCGGCUUGCCUGGCCAGCGUGGACCCUCCGGACCUCAAGGGCCCCCAGGAGCAGCAGGAGAGAAAGGCAUCACGGGAUCGCCUGGGCCCAGAGGAGCUGAGGGCCCCCCCGGGCCUCCAGGAGCCAGUGUGGUUGGGCCACCGGGCCGCGAAGGGCAGCGGGGGCUCCCAGGGAUGCCUGGAUCCAGCGGGCUGAUGGGAGAGAAAGGCACCCAAGGAGAGAAGGGUGACCCCGGGGAGUGCACGUGCCCUCGUGCGGACCCCAUCUCCGGAGGGAUGCCGGGAGCCCCUGGACUUUGGAUCGGGACCUCCUGGCAGCCUCAGCCUGGCCCUCAGGGUCCCCCUGGUGCUCCGGGACCUCCAGGCCCCCCUGGUGCUCCAGGGCGACAGGGAAUCCCAGGACACAACGGUUUGCCAGGCCUGCCCGGACCAGCGGGGGAUUUGGGGCCGCUCGCAGUUGUGGCUGAGAGAAACAUCGCGGUGCUCAAGAACAUCUGUGGGGACUGCGCUCUGAUGCAGACCAGCUUGCCAGUGCCCAGUGGCCACAAAGGAGAGAAGGGCGACCAGGGCAUGCCUGGUGCUCCUGGCUUGGACAAUUGUGCCCGGUGCUUUGAGCAGUUCCCAAGUGCCGAGGAAGCCCGGGGGGAUGAACCUGACUGCGUUGGGGAGCCCGGGCACCCUGGGAGCCCCGGUCUGCCCGGACAGAGGGGAGAGCAGGGACCGCCUGGCGUGAGGGGAUCCCCAGGACCACCUGGACCCAUUGGCCCUCCAGGUUUUCCUGGAACACCUGGCGCACCCGGACUGCCUGGUCUCCAAGGCGAGCGUGGACCCGGUGGGCUCCCUGGUGCGAAAGGGGAACUGGGCCCCCCCGGUCAGCCCGGCUAUCCCGGUGCAACAGGACCCCCAGGCUUGCAUGGCAUCAAAGGUGAGCGAGGCCACACGGGAUCCCCGGGAGAGAAAGGGGAGUCGGGUCCCCCCGGUGCGGAUGGCAACCCCGGUCCCGCGGGGCCAGUGGGACCGAGAGGAGAGCGUGGACUUCCAGGAAACUCUGGGGAGAAGGGAGAUCAGGGAUUCCAGGGACAACCAGGCUUCCCCGGCUCACCUGGCCCCCCCGGUUUCCCAGGAAAAGCUGGAUCAACCGGACCCCCGGGUCCCCCCGCAGAGAAGGGCAGCCAGGGGAUGACUGGCUCCCCGGGAAUGCCAGGCCCGUCGGGUCCCCCGGGACCUCCUGGGAUACAGGGCCCAGCUGGCUUGGAAGGACUGGACGGCAAGGACGGGAAGCCAGGGUUGCGGGGUGACCCAGGUCCCCCAGGGACACCAGGCAUGAUGGGGCCUCCGGGCUUCAAAGGAAAAACAGGGCACCCUGGCCUGCCAGGGCAAAAGGGCGACUGUGGCAAACCCGGCCCCCCUGGGAACACUGGCCGGACGGGAGCAGAGGGGGAGCCUGGCCUGAUGGGACCCCAAGGCAGGCAGGGACCCCCUGGCCUUGCUGGCCCCCCAGGAAGCCCAGGCCAGCCAGGCCCAGCUGGACUCGUUGGAGUUGGACUGAAGGGUGAGAAGGGAUCAACAGGUGACAGAGGUCUCCCAGGGAUGCCCGGACAACCAGGACCCCCAGGUCACCCCGGACCAUUGGGCGAGCCAGGCUCGGACGGACCAGUUGGCAAAGAGGGCCCACCAGGGAAACCAGGACCUUUUGGACCAGCUGGUCAGAAGGGUGAAGCUGGGAUUCCAGGAGAGAGAGGGUAUCCUGGAGAAAAGGGACGAGCCGGCAUGCCCGGAGGACCAGGGAAAAGUGGCUCCAUGGGCCCCAUGGGACCACGUGGCCCUGCUGGUGAGAGAGGAACACCAGGCUCCCCAGGACCUGCCGGCAGCCCUGGCAUGCCGGGACUCCCAGGCUCAGUGGGAGACAUGGUGAAUUAUGAUGAAAUCAAGAGGUUCAUCCGCCAGGAGCUGACCAAAAUGUUUGACGAGAGGAUGGCAUACUACACCUCCAGGAUGCAGUUCCCUGUGGAGAUGGCUGCCUCCCCAGGAAGACCAGGGCCUCCUGGGAAAGACGGCUUGCCAGGGCGGGCAGGACCUCCUGGAUCGCCUGGGCUCCCUGGACAGAUAGGGAGAGAAGGGCGACAAGGCGUGCCAGGCAUGAGAGGUGAGCCAGGAGCAAAGGGCCAGAAGGGAGAGGUCGGCCUUGGCACGAUGGGAGAUAGCGGCCUGCCGGGUCCACCAGGUCCCCAAGGGCCACCAGGAUAUGGCAAGAUGGGUCCGCCAGGGCCUGUGGGACAGCAAGGUAUUCCGGGCAUUCCUGGACCACCGGGCGCUACAGGGCAACCUGGGAAGACUGGCCACUGUAACCCUUCAGAUUGCUUCGGCAUGAUGCCCUUGGAGCAGCCCAUGUACCAGCCCAAAAACAUGAAAGGACCUUUAGGCUGAGUGACGCGGCAGGGUGUUUGCACAAAGGACUCCAUUGGGGACAGCCAAAGCUCUAGUCCUCGCGACUGGUCGUGAAGUAUUUUUUAUUGCUGUUAAUAUUUUGGUUUUCUCCUUUUGGUUUUUCCAGUGGGGUCAAACCUCCCCCGACGGCAUUUGUGGGUGUAUGUACGUCUCUUCUCGUGUCUUUAAAGGGAAUUGUCAUGCGUGACCAGCCAAAAUACAUUUCAUGAUGGUGCCUUUUGCUUCUCAUUGCCAUGCACAACCCCCCGCCUCCGGAGGCCUCCCGUCUUACUCCGUUUCAUUCAUUACUUCUUCAAUCCCUUUCCACCACCCGCACUUUAGGCCCUGGGACUUGAAGUCAGUGGAGGGAGAAUAACAGCCUUGCCUCCUAGCCAACUUGGCCAUGACGUGCGCCUGGCCCUGCAUGCAGGCUUGUAGGUCCUGCCGUUCGAUGGCCAGGUCCCUGUUCUCAGGAGUGAGCAGACUGGCCCGCUACGCUACCCCACGUGCUUCCCAUCUGUGUUGCCUUCCACGCUCUGCCGCUCCUUUCAUUUGUAACAUGCCAGCGUCAUCUUUACUAACCGCUGGAAGCCUUCUGCCUUCUGUCCGGCACCAGCGUGGCUCGUUCCUCGCGGAGAGCUCGUUUCCAAGUCUUGCUCCUCUCGUUGGGGUGCAGCACGAGGGAGAAAUUCAGCUCAACAGACUGAAUUAAGCAAGCCACUUUUUGGCGCCUUCUGCCAGACUUUAGCGGCUCUUCUCGUAGCCGUGACGCAGAUCCAUCUGGAAGCUCGCUGGCCGUGAAUGCAAAGCACGGCUUUCCCCCUUCGGUUGGAAAACAAGCGUCUGAGCUUUAGACACAACAGCUGGAUUGCUAACGGCUGCCCCGUCCCCGGUUUCAGAUGUUAAAAGACAACAGCUGAGCAAUUGGUUUCAACUUGUCAGAUCUGUAUCCCAGCAAAGCAUUUUGCUUUCCUCCUCAAAGCAGGUUGAGCAAACAAGGCAGAACUAAUAAAUUACAUUCCAGCCCA